CAGCAAGCUUUGAAUUCAAUCAUGCAGGAUUUGGCUGUGCUUCAUAAGGCCAGUCGUCCUGUAUUGCCCCAGCAAGAAACAGGAAAACCAAAGUCAUCUUCACCUAAAAAACAGAACGAUGUGAGAGUCAAGUUUGAACAUAGAGGUGAAAAAAGGAUCCUGCAAUUACCAAGACCUGUUAAACUUGAAGAUCUUGCAGCUAAAGCUAAAGUUGCUUUUGGACAGACUAUGGAUUUACAUUACAGCAAUAAUGAGCUUGUAAUUCCAUUGACCACACAGGAUGACCUGGACAAAGCUGUUGAACUGCUUGACCGUAGUGUUCAUAUGAAGAGUCUCAAGAUACUGCUUGUAAUACAUGGAAAUACACAGUCACCUAGUGUAAAUAACGUGGAACCCUUGCCCUCACUGGAAGAUUUAGAUAAUACAGUGUUUGGUGUGACAGACAGAAAAAGACGACUGUCUGUAAUAGGUUCUAAUACUCGUGACAGGAGUUCACCUCCCCCAGGAUACAUUCCAGAUGAGCUACAUCAGGUGGCCCGAAAUGGGUCCUUCACCAGUAUCAACAGUGAGGGUGAAUUCAUUCCAGAAAGUAUGGAUCAGAUGCUGGAUCCAUUGUCUUUGAGCAGUCCUGAAAACUCUGGCUCGGGAAGCUGUCCCUCACUUGACAGCCCUUUAGAUGGAGACAACUAUCCCAGAUCUCGGAUGCCAAGAGCACAGAGCUAUCCAGAUAAUCAUCAGGAAUUCUCAGUAGAGUAUGAUAUCCCGAUAUUUGAGAAAUUUGGAAAGGGAGGGACUUAUCCUCGAAGAUACCAUAUUUCAUGCCAUCAACAAGACUACAAUGAUGGUCGUAAAACUUUUCCAAGAGCCAGAAGGACUCAGGGGAACAGCUUCCGAUCACCAGUUAGUUUCAGUCCCACUGAUCACUCGCUGAGCACCAGUAGUGGAAGCAGUGUCUUCACGCCGGAAUACGAAGAUAACCGAAUGAGGAGGAGGGGGAGUGACAUAGACAAUCCCACCUUGUCAGUCAUGGACAUCAGCCCACCCAGUCGCUCACCACGAGCUCCAACUAACUGGAGACUUGGUAAACUGCUGGGUCAAGGUGCAUUUGGCAGAGUAUAUCUGUGUUAUGAUGCUGAUACCGGAAGAGAACUGGCUGUUAAACAAGUUCAGUUUGAUCCUGAUAGUCCAGAAACCAGCAAGGAAGUAAAUGCACUUGAAUGUGAGAUUCAGUUGUUGAAAAAUCUGCUGCAUGAAAGAAUUGUUCAGUAUUACGGCUUCUUGAGAGAUCCACCAGAAAGAACACUCUCUAUAUUCAUGGAAUAUAUGCCUGGGGGUUCCAUCAAAGACCAAUUAAAAUCAUAUGGAGCACUCACAGAGAAUGUGACUCGUAAAUACACGCGGCAGAUUUUGGAAGGAGUUCACUAUUUGCACAGUAAUAUGAUUGUCCAUCGAGAUAUUAAAGGAGCAAAUAUUCUGCGAGAUUCAGCAGGCAAUGUGAAGCUCGGUGACUUUGGUGCCAGCAAACGACUGCAGACUAUAUGUCUCUCUGGUACAGGAAUGAAGUCUGUCACGGGAACUCCAUACUGGAUGAGUCCAGAAGUUAUUAGUGGAGAAGGGUACGGCAGAAAAGCAGAUAUCUGGAGCGUAGGUUGUACAGUGGUAGAAAUGCUCACUGAGAAGCCCCCCUGGGCAGAGUUCGAAGCAAUGGCUGCCAUCUUUAAAAUUGCCACUCAGCCAACCAACCCCCAGCUACCACCUCAUGUCUCCGACCAUGCUCGGGAUUUCUUGAAACGGAUUUUUAUCGAGGCCAAGCUGCGACCGUUUGCAGAUGAACUGCUAAGACACACGUUUGCACACUAUCACUAACAGCCUGCCUCAACUCAGCUUGCAUCUACUGCAUUUAUUUUCUAUUUGACUGCACUUUUAUUUUUAUUUUUUACAAAAAAAAGGAGAAAAAAGACAAGAGAGAGAAUAUUCUCUUGAAUCUUUAUUUCACUUAGAUUGUAAACAAUCUAAAUUUUGUAUCUAAGAUGAGAAUCUUCUCUCCCACCAGGACUAGAACUUUUCGUUUCUAUAAUGUACUGAUGUGGUUCAUGUAGAUAAAGCACUUUAGUACAUAUUUCAUCCUUAUUUA